ACUAAUUUUUUAUAACUUUAUGUAUAAGUCACAAAGAGUAAAUUCAAUAUGAAAGCUGUAAAAGUUACUUGUAAUGGGGAGUCAAAAAUUGUUGUUGCUACAUCCAAUGAUCUAAAUGCAUUUAUGGCAAAUAUAUGUUCUACUUUGGUAUUGAAAAGCUUGGUAUUAUUUUACCUUCACUUAAAAUCCGAGGACAAUUUGGUAGUGGACAAAUAUUAAUUCUCUCUCUCUCGUGUGCUGUGCUUUUAUUUAUUAAGAUUUAUGGAUUUAUCUGAUCCUCAUCUUUUAUGCUUAGUUAAACUUAUACAAAUAGUGCAGCUAUGUAUGUCUCCAUUAGUAACUGAUAUUUAUAUUAAGGACCUAAGGGUUUGUAUUCAAGCACAUCAAUGCAGUUUUUUUCAAUUAUAUUCAAACAGUUUUAUUCCAAAACUACAUUUUCUUGUACACUAUCCAUCACAAGCAUCUCAAUUUGGCUCAUUACGUGGGCAUCUCUGUCUUGCAUUUGAACGUAAACAUCAAGUAAUAAAAAAUUUCAGACAUUUCAAUUUUAAAAACAUUCCGUAUUCAGCUUGCAAAGCAAUGAUUGUAAAUACAACUGGAUUGUUUUUUAAUUCUUUUGGUGAAAGACGAUGUAAUGUUUAUGGAGAGGUUGAUCAAUUAAAGUUUAAGGAUGGUUUGAUUUCAAGUGCAGUCAUUAAUGGAAUAUUUUAUAAGCAAGAUCUUAAAAAUACCAUUUCCUGAAGCUGGAAUUCGUAGCAUUGAAGAAUAUUUUAGUUUUUCAGUGAUUGAGUAUUUGAAUGGAAAAAGUAUUCUAUCAACAAUAUAGAAAAACAGUUAAAAACCUCCUUAAUUAGUUAUUGCAGGGAUUUUCUGCCUCAAAGCAAUGAUUGAUGGGUAAGGAGAGAGUUUUUUUACACGUUUGAAAUCUUCAAUGAUAAGUCGAUUUCCAUUAUGUGUGGAGGACUGGGAUAAGCUCUUAGGUUUAAUAGCUAAUACAUUAAGACAGCAACAAUGGACUAAGUCAAACAAAGCCAGUCCAAAAUUUGGACAACUUUUUAAAUCCAAAAAAUCAUCUUCUUUGUUGGCGUUAGUAAAUUCAGCUGAACCUGAUUUAAGUAAAGAACAGUUACUUCAUGAAGUUGAGAUUGAGCUGCAGAAGAAUAAGCCUUCAACUCAAGUUUUGGCGAUUUUAAAUCGGAAUUUGUUUGAGCCCCAGAUAUUUAAAAGCAUCCCGAUUCGACUGCAAUUAUCUCCAUCUCUUCUUAUAAGCGAGUUUUGCAGGCUUUAUCCCAUGUUUGCAGAUUUCGAAAGUAUUUCUAAAGAGUUUUGCAAUUCAGUUUUUUCCGAUGGGUCGGUUUUAUUGAAUUUAAUAAAAUUUCAAAGUGAUGUCUCCUGUAAAAAGUCUUCUUCCAAUGCUUUCCAUGUAACUCAGUCUGAUAAUCUGGAUGAAAUGCUGGGAGUAUCGAUACCUGGUCCACAAGUAGUAUUCAAUGACCCAUUUUAGAAAGCACAGAUUUCAUCAGCCAGCGAAGUGUUUUGUUGCAUCAUUGCCAUUUACUAUCUUAUGGACUUGACAUAUCCAUCUAGUUAUGCGCAAACACUAGGUGUUUUACAGGAAAUUAUUUUGAAAGACACUUUUCUUUACAAAUCACAUAAAGCAACCAACUAUUUAAAAAAUGUGCACUAGUCACGUCACAACCAAUGAUAAACCUGUCAGAAGAAAUCAAAAACACAAAUGAAAAUUAAUGUUCACUUGCUAGAACUGCGCUGAUAGUUUAAGUUUAAUAGUUAGACUGCUAGGCAGAGCAAUUGCAAUUGAUAUUAAUAAUAAAAUAAUGGCUUAUUAUUUCCCAGCUUUUUUUGAGGACAAGAAUUUCAAAUAAGUAAUUGCAUGGAAUUGCAAUUAAUGCAACUAUGGUAACCUGACAUUAAGAUUGCUUAAUAUACUAUUUCUUUUGUUAUUAAAACGAUUCAAUUCAAAAUUUAGUUUAACUUAUGGAAAUAGUGCAGCGGAACAAGACACGCAACCUUAUUGACAUCAAAGAUCUGAACACAUUUUUUUCAAGCUUGCAGGCCUUACAUGAACGCAUGUACUCGUAAACUAUGCAACUUGAGUUGGUAAAUUAGGAAAUUUACGCUUUCUUUCCGAUCAAUGUUGAUUAUAUGCAGGAAUGGAACCCCGGACAUUUUAAUUCUGAAGCAAGAUACUAACUACUGUAUACUACUACUAAUAAGUACUAAUCUUUACUAUACUAAAUUUAUACAAAUAUCCUUUGCUAUACUAAAUCUAUACAAAUCUUCAA